UAAUCCCGCUGUCAGGACCCACCCACUCUCAGUGGAUCAUGGAUGCAGGAAGCUACGGAGCCGGCUUCGGUGUAGGCUUGAGGAUGUGGCUUCAGUGGGUCCUGCUGCUCUCGCUGCUGUCUGCAGCGUCUGCGGGUGCCGACUCAAAGGCCGUCACCACCACUCUUACAACCAAAUGGGCUGAUACUCCCCUGCUUCUGGAGGCCAGUGAGUUCCUUGCAGAGGAGAGCCAGGAGAAGUUCUGGGACUUUGUGGAGGCCAAUCAAAACAUAGAAGGAGAGCACGACGACACAGAUCAGGCCUACUAUGAGCUGAUAGUGAAGAGAGCCAGUGCCUUGCUCAGCUCCGUCCAGUUAAACAUGCUGAAGUUUGCCCUCUCUCUGAGAGCCUACUCUGCAACCGUCCACUCCUUCCAGCAGAUCGCUUCCACUGAACCUCCUCCUAAAGGCUUCAGCUUUUUCAGUGUCCAUGGAGAGAAGACGUGUGAUGCAGAAAGCUUAGCAACACUUCUGAAAACAGCAAAAGAAAGGCCGAAGCCAUACCUGUUCAAAGGUGAUCAUAAAUACUCAGGAUCAAAUCCAGAUGCUCCUGUCGUCAUUCUCUAUGCCGAGUUUGGGAAACCGGAUUUCCAGAGGCUUCACCAAGUCGUUUUAUCUAAAGUCCACGAAGGCUCAGUGACUUAUGUGCUCCGCCAUUACCUGGCUAACUCAAGUGGAAAGAAAGUGUUUCUCUCUGGAUACGGAGUGGAGCUGGCCAUCAAAAGCCAGGAGUACAAGGCGAAGGACGACACGCAAGUCCAAGGGGCGGAGGUGAAUGCGACAGUGAUCGGGGCGAAUGAUCCGGUGGACGAGGUCCAGGGAUUCCUUUUUGGCAAACUCAAGACCCUCUACCCGGAGCUGAAAGAACAGCUAAAGGAGUUGAGGAAGCAUUUAGUAGAAAGCACCAAUGAGAUGGCACCUCUGAAAGUCUGGCAAAUGCAAGAUCUGAGCUUCCAGACAGCAGCUCGCAUUCUUGCCGCUCCCGCUGUUGAUGCCCUCAACGUUAUGAAAGACCUCAGUCAGAACUUCCCCACCAAAGCCAGGUCCAUCACUAAAACAGUGGUCAACUCUGAGAUCCGCAGAGAGAUCGGCGAGAACCAAAAGUUUUUCAAAGGGACUCUGGGGUUGCAGCCCGGGGAUUCAGCCCUGUUCAUCAACGGGCUACAUAUAGAUCUGGACACACAAGACAUCUUCAGUGUAUUUGAGGUGCUGCGGAGUGAAGCGAGGGUGAUGGAGGGUCUCCGUUCUCUGCUAAUCGAGACUCCGUAUAUUCACGAUAUCCUGAAGCUCAACGUCCAGCCCUCUGACUCCGACUACGCCGUCGACAUCCGUAACCCUGCCAUCAGUUGGAUUAACAACUUGGAGACGGACCACAGGUACAGCUCGUGGCCCUACAACGUGCAGGAGCUGCUCAGGCCGACUUUCCCAGGAGUCAUCAGGCAGAUCCGCAAGAACUUUCACAAUCUGGUGAUCAUCCUGGAUCCGACUCAGGAGAACGCUGCCGAACUGCUGAGCGUCGCAGAGAUGUUUUACGCUAACAAUAUCCCCCUCAGGAUCGGGCUGGUGUUCGUGGUUUCAGAUGAAGACGACAUAGACGGCAUGCAGGAUGCGGGUGUGGCACUGGUCCGAGCCUACAACUACAUCAGCGACGAGGUGGACAGUCAGAGUGCGUUUGAAGCCGUCAUCUCGAUGUUUAACCGUGUGCCAGUCGGUGGACAGCUGAGUGUUGGGGACGUCGUCAAAGUGCUGGAGAAAAGGUUUCCUUACGUGGAGGUCAGCAGCGUUCUUGGGGCCGACUCCAGCUACGACAGCAACAGGAAGGAAGGACGGGCGUACUAUGAGCAGACAGGAGUGGGACCUCUGCCUGUGGUCAUGUACAAUGGAAUACCUUACCAGCGGGAACAGCUGGACCCGGACGAACUGGAAACCGUCACCAUGCAGAAGAUCCUGGAGACCACAUCCUUCUACCAGAGAGCCGUCUACCUGGGUGAACUGGCCACUGAUCACGACGUGGUGGAUUUUAUCAUGAACCAACCCAACGUCGUUCCUCGCAUCAACCCCAGAGUUCUGUCAACCAGCAGAACAUACCUGGACCUGUCUGAUAGCAACAACCACUUUAUUGAUGAUUAUGCUCGCUUCUCCACCCUCGACACAAAGGAGAAGAGCACCGCCGUGGCCAACAGCAUGAACUAUAUGACUAAGAAAGGGAUGACCGCCACCAACCGGCAUGAUGAUGGCUACAUCCGUCCUGUGACUUUCUGGGUAGUCGGAGACUUUGACAAACCCUCAGGUCGCCAGCUCCUGUAUGAUGCCAUCAGACACAUGAAAACCAGCAACAACGUCCGACUGGGGAUGAUCAACAACCCUUCGGCUGAUCUGUCGGCUGAGAUGAGCCGUGUUGCCAGAGCGGUCUGGGCCUCCAUGCAGACACAAUCUGCCAACAACGCCAAAAACUUCAUCACCAAGCUGGCGAAGGAAGACACCGCCGCAGCGCUGGAGAGGGGCGUCGACAUCGGAGAGUUCGCUGUCGGGGGUAUGGAUUUGUCAUUGUUUAAAAGUGCGUACGAGGGUCCCAAAUUUGACUUCCUGCUCUCCCACGCUGCCUACUGCCGAGAUGUGCUCAAACUGAAGAAAGGACAGAGAGCAGUUAUCAGCAACGGAAGGAUCAUUGGUCCACUGGAGGAGGAGGAGGUGUUCAACCAGGACGACUUCCUGCUUUUGGAGAACAUCAUCCUGAAAACGUCCGGAGAGCGCAUCAAAAGCAAAGUCCAGCAGUUUGGAAUCGAGGAGGACAGGGCCAGUGACCUCGUGAUGAAGGUGGAUGCCCUGCUCUCCUCUCAGCCCAAAGGAGAAGCUCGGGUAGAGUACGGCUUCGCAGAUGACCGCUACAGUGCUGUGAAGAUCCGCCCUAAAGAGGGAGACGUGUACUUUGAUGUUGUGGCCGUGGUGGAUCCGGUUACCAGGGACGCACAGAAACUAGCUCCUCUCCUCUCAGUUCUGAAGCAGCUGGUAAACGUCAACUUACGGGUCUUCAUGAACUGUCAGUCUAAACUGUCAGAAAUACCUCUGAAGAGUUUUUACCGUUACGUUCUGGAGCCGGAGGUGGUGUUUCAGGCCGACGGUAGUUUCUCUCCCGGCCCCAUGGCCAAGUUCCUGGACAUGCCUCAGGCGCCGCUCUUCACCCUGAACCUCAACACUCCCGAGAGCUGGAUGGUGGAGUCGGUGCACACCCGCUACGAUCUGGACAACAUCUAUCUGGAGGAGGUGGAGAAUAUUGUAGCAGCAGAGUACGAGUUGGAGCAUCUUUUGUUGGAGGGUCACUGUUUUGACGUCAGUUCGGGUCAGCCGCCACGUGGCCUCCAGUUCACCCUCGGAACUGAAUCUGAGCCGGUCAUUGUGGACACUAUUGUCAUGGCAAAUCUGGGUUACUUCCAGCUCAAGGCCAACCCAGGCGCCUGGAUCCUGAAGCUGAGAAAAGGACGCUCUGAAGAAAUCUACAAGAUUUACAGCCACGACGGCACAGACUCUCCGGCGGACUCGGAUGAUGUCGUCGUCGUGCUGAACAAUUUCAAGAGCAGAAUCAUUAAAGUGAAGGUCCAGAAGAAGCCGGACAAAUUCAACGAGGAGCUGCUGAGUGACGGGACGGAGGAGAAUGACACCGGCUUCUGGAAGUCUCUGACCAGAGGUUUCACUGGUGGAGUGAAGACGGAGGAGCCAAAGCAGGAGAAAGACGACGUGAUCAACAUCUUCUCUGUGGCCUCUGGGCAUCUGUAUGAACGUUUCCUCAGGAUUAUGAUGCUGUCAGUUCUGAAGAACACCAAAACUCCUGUUAAGUUCUGGUUCCUCAAGAACUACCUGUCCCCCACCUUCAAGGAGUUCAUCCCCCACAUGGCGAAGGAGUACGGUUUCCAGUAUGAGCUGGUCCAGUACAAGUGGCCUCGCUGGCUGCACCAACAGACCGAGAAGCAGAGGAUCAUCUGGGGUUACAAGAUCCUCUUCCUGGACGUGCUGUUCCCUCUGGCUGUCGACAAGAUACUGUUCGUGGACGCUGACCAGAUUGUUCGCACAGACCUGAAGGAUCUGCGCGACUUCGACCUAGAGGGAGCUCCGUACGGUUACACCCCGUUCUGCGAGAGCCGGAGGGAGAUGGACGGCUAUCGCUUCUGGAAGUCCGGAUACUGGGCGAGCCACCUGGCCGGACGCAAAUAUCACAUCAGCGCCCUGUAUGUAGUCGACCUGAGGAGGUUCAGGAAAAUCGCUGCAGGAGACCGACUCAGAGGACAAUACCAGGGGCUCAGCCAAGACCCCAACAGCCUCUCCAACCUGGACCAGGAUCUUCCCAACAACAUGAUCCACCAGGUGCCCAUAAAGUCUCUGCCUCAGGAGUGGUUGUGGUGUGAGACCUGGUGUGACGACAGCUCCAAGAAGAGCGCCAAGACGAUAGAUCUGUGUAACAACCCCAUGACCAAGGAGCCCAAGCUGCAGGCCGCGGUGAGGAUCGUGGCCGAGUGGACCGACUACGACCAGGAGAUCAAACGUCUGCAGACCAGAGUCCAGGCGGGAGCGAACCAGACGUCGAAGCAGCAGGGAACAGAUGUUCACACAGAGUUGUGAGGAUCCUCCGGUGGCUGCGAUGAGGCACUGAGCUGGACUCUGUUUAAAGAGUCGGCUUCAUGAAGAGGCUCCUCUCACGCCUCGGGGACUGCUGACGGAACGACCACAAACCAGCGCUUAAGUGAUUGAAACAACGCUCUGUUUUUGUUCUUUUUAUAGGUUGUUGUGGAUCGAAGCGGUGAGAAUGUAUUUUGUGAAGCAAAUCUUGAUUUUGAAUUCUAUUUUUAUGGUUCCCUCCCCCCCCUCUCCUCCUCCGUGCUGUAAUUAAUGUCCGUCUGUUAUUUUGCACUGAUUGGGAUUCUGGUUGUGGCUGUGGUUGAAGCACAAAAGGGAGAAGAGACAUCUGACUGCUGGUUAACUUCGGUGUUUAUCUCCUCCACAUCUGGUGGUGAGAAAGACUUCCUGCUGACUCGCAGGGGUGAAAAGCUGUCAUGCGAAGGUGCUAAUCACAGAUAAUUUGCCAGACUUUUAGUGACCAAACAAGACUUUAAGGGAAAAUGUAUCGAUUGGGUAAAGAGUGGUGACGCUCAACUGGUGUUUGAUAUAAAAAUGAACACAAAAUCAGCAGCCUUGAUUGAAUCCUCAGUUUAUUGACUCUCAGGUAAAGAUGUCUGAAGCAGAAGAGAGAGGUUGAGUUUGUUGUACUGUAAGGGAAGAGCAGCUGUGACAUUGGCUGGGAAAAAAAAAAAAGAUUUUCUGUUUCUUGGUUUCAUCUAUGGAUUUGUUGUUCCUGUUUUGGCUGUCUCAUUUUUUCUUCUUUUAAAUCGACGAUAACGAGGCGUUCCAGUGUGCUGUCACAAUUUCAGGUACUUUCCUAGAAAAUUGGUUCCCCCUGUGGGUGUUAGAAAGAUUUAAAUAUCCUGUGAGUCUGCUGCUGCUCCUUCUUACUGUAAGUUUACUACAUAAUGCAAUUUCUACAUGGAGAUGACGUUGAUGUAUUCUGCUACUAGCCUGUAUUAAAUUACUAAAAAAUAACAA